CAUCGAGGUAUCCGCUAACCGAGAUUUACAUCUCUCCCAGUCUCCCUGACAACGUCGAAAGCUCAAACGUCUUUCCCGUUUCAGUUCCUCGAAUGUUUUAUGGUGUGCUACUGCGUCCAGAUUUCCUGUUUCUCUUCUAUUAUGGCCAUGAGCGAUAAGCAUGCCGCUUCCAUGAAUUAACUAUACAAGCAAGAAUGGCGGGGAGAGAUAGAAUCAGUCAACUUCCAGAAGACAUAUUGGACCAUAUUUUGGGAUUAGUACCUAUCCAAGAUAUUGCUAAAUUUGCAGUUUUGUCUACCAUUUGGAGAGAUAUCUGGUUCACUCUCACACAGCUCUGUUUUGAUAGUCAGUUCUUUAGCUACUUUGACAAAAAAUAUCAGUCUAGCAGAUAUGUCAUGAAGUCCUCCGCUUUGUAUGUAAUCAACAAAGUGCUCUUGCAGCACAAGGGAACUAUUCGGAAAAUUGUCAUUGAUUUAACUAAUAUGGGGGUACUUACCAUUAAGUCUAGGUCUUUUGACUUUGAUCAAUGGCUACGUUUAGUCACACGUAAAGGUGUUGUAGAAGUCGACCUUUAUUUUGGGCAUAAAGCAUACCGGCUUCCCCAUUGUAUAUUUUCGUGCUCAACGCUCAAGAGUUUGCAUCUUCGUGAUAUCAACAUUCAAACAUGGGAUUUACCUGACACUUUACCCAAUCUCACUUCCCUAUAUUUUGAAGAUGUUGACUUUGGUCAUAUGCGCCCCCCAUAUAAAGUUGUUGAUGUUCCUAUGCUAAAGGAACUGUUAUUUAAGAGGUGUAUGUAUGUCUUACAGUCCAACAUCACUGCUAGAAAUCUUUGCACUUUGAAAAUCAAGGGUUGUUUUUAUAGCAAGUUCUGCAACUUCCCCACACUUGCCCCUGACUUGAUAUCUGUUCGUAACCUUGAUUUGGACUAUCAUUUUCUUAAGGUAUUUUCCCUGGACAUCUUGUUUGGACUUUCAUCCUAUUAUAUUACUUUAUACAUGUGUAUAUGUACCUCAUAUAUGUUUGCAGUGGUGAAACUUUAUUUCCAUAUAUUUUCUUGAAUUCUUGGCAAAUGUGCUCUAAAGGUACUUCCACCACAAACAGCUGCAAUAAAUGUGGAAUCACUAAAGCUCUCAAAUUUUUGCUUCCAAGAUAACGGUAGGACCUCUGCCUUUGUACGCCUACUACGCAUAUGCCCAAAGCUACAAAGUCUUGGAGUAAGGCUUUCGGUAAUAUUUAUAAUUUAUUGUAGGAUUUUGAUUGUUUCCAUUAUAUUCUAUGUUUGGUUUAAUUUAUACGGAGUACUACUUACAAUUAACAAUGUUUUACUGUAUGUUAAGCUGAACCAUUUUUUUUUUCGGUUUUUCAUUUUUGAAGUGGACAGAAGAUAGUCAAGAUACAAUAGAUUCUACAUCGGCGUGCUGGAAGAAACUUCAUAGGGCGGUUCGAAAAUGCAAACAGCUUCGCCUUUUGCAGCUUGGCUCAUUCCAUGGAAUAAGAUCUGAAAUGCUUUUCAUAAAGGAGAUGUUGGCCUCUCUUCGGGCACUUGAAAAAGUUAUCAUCACUUGUGCUGAGCGUAUGUUAGACGACAACAAGAAACAUGAAACUUUGGAAGAAGUUUUGCAAUUUCCACGUGUAUCUCCCAUAGCAAAAAUUGUUGUGUAAUGGCUAUUAUUCCAAGUAGAAUGUGCUAGUACAAACCUCUUAUUCGCAUUAGCUACAUGCAAAAUGGGUGGUAGUUUUGUUUGUGCACUUUAACACUACACCCGCUCUAAUUUUUGUAUGAAUAUUGUGACAUGCACUAAUCACUUCUGUUUUUAGUCAAAUGGAUGUUAUGUCUUUUGCAGAAACUUACGAACUGAU